UCUAUUAAGUGUCGAAGAAAUUUCGUUCUAAAAGAAUACACUUUGCCGAUCCCUGUCACAGCAAAACAAUAAAUAUAAAGGGAGGAAUAUUUUUAUUAGUUAAGCUUUGGCAGCCGACAGAAAAGGAAUAUGCACAGAAGGGGAUAUUGUUACUAAAUGACUUAUGCAGUCGGCCGUAAAGGGUUAAAUGAUAUUUAAAAAAGUAAUCCAGAGAGAAUAUGUUUUUUUUUUCUUGAAAAGUCAGAAUGCUAUUGACUAUUUACAAUAGUUUUUUAGAGACCCAAUCAAAAACAAGGUAUCUGAACAUGUUUUUUUUUGCUUUUUGUAACACUGGUGAUAGAUCGAAUAGAUCAAAAAAUUUUCUACCGUGCUUAUAAAUGGUCACAAAGUAUCAAUUAUCACUAAAUAUAUGAGAUAUUGCGAUAAAUUUAUUCUGAUUUAGUACUCAUACCGUUAUGACAGUAGUAGCUCAUUUAAAGAUCAACAAUAAUUUUCAACAUGUUACGCUCUCUGUGAUAAAUGCUCGAUAGGCUCAUGGGAAUUCUCUUCUAACCAUCAGACUGCUUUUGCUUAUUUUAAAAAUAAUAUAUUAAAUAAGCAAAAAAAAACAAAUUGAUAUAAGUCAAACUAUUAUUUUAUGUAUUUCUCAUUUCUAGGAUUUACUCCUCAAGUAAAUGUUAUUGUACUAGCUGCCACAAAUCGUAUGGAUAUAUUAGAUUCAGCUUUAUUGCGACCAGGUCGAUUUGAUAGACAAAUACAUGUUGGUCUACCCGAUAUCAAAGGAAGAUCAUCUGUAUUUAAAGUUCAUUUAAAACGAUUAAAAACAUCUUUAGAUAAAGAUAAUUUGUCUAGAAAAUUAUCAGCUCGAACUCCAGGUGCUGAUGUUGCUAAUGUAUGUAAUGAAGCAGCAUUAAUUGCAGCACGUGAUUUAAAUUCUGAAAUUGAAUUAAAACAUUUUGAAGCAGCUAUUGACAGAGUUAUUGCCGGUAUGGAAAAGAAAUCUCAAGUAUUACAACCGGAAGAAAAGAAACAAGUGGCAUAUCAUGAAGCUGGUCAUGCCGUAUGUGGUUGGUUUCUUCAACAUGCUGAACCAAUUAUUAAAGUAUCAAUUAUUCCACGAGGAAAAGCGUUAGGUUAUGCACAAUAUAUGCCAAAAGAACAAUAUUUAUAUACAAAAGAUCAGUUAUUUGAUCGUAUGUGUGUACUUUUGGGUGGACGCGUGUCUGAACAAUUAUUUUUUAAUAGAAUAUCAACGGGUGCACAAGAUGAUCUACAAAAAAUAACACAAUCGGCAUAUGCACAAGUUGUUCGUUUCGGUAUGUCAGACAAAGUUGGUAAUUUAUCAUUUGAUAUGCCACAACAAGGCGAUAUGGUAUUUGAUAAACCUUACAGUGAAUCAACAGCACAACUUAUUGAUGAUGAAGUGAGACAAAUUAUACAACGUGCAUACAAUUUUACACAUGAACUAUUAACUACGAAAAAAGAUCAUAUUGAAAAAGUAGCAGAAAGACUACUAGAAAGAGAAGUUUUAUCGAGAGAGGAUAUGAUUGAACUUGUAGGAAAACGACCAUUUAAAGAAAAAACAACAUACGAAGACUUCGUAGAAGGAACAGGUUCAUUAGAAGAAGAUACAACGUUACCAAAAGGUUUACAAGAUUGGAAUAAAGAACGUAAUAAACCAGAUGAUCCACCGGGUAAAGAUGGACAACAAGUUUUAGAAGAAGAGAAAAAAAGACAACAACAAGCAACGAACUCUUAG